GGUCCGCAGUCCGCGCGACCCGCACUAGUUAUUUGAAAGUCGAAGUGAAGACAUUUGGUGGCAUUUCAAAAUGGCGUACCUACUUUUCGUGGUUAUCGCAGCUGUGCUGGCGACCGCCUUUGCUGAUCUACCUACACAUGAAGAACUGAGAACGAUGCUCAAAACAGCGAGAGAGGCGUGCAAAAAUGAGACUACAGAUUGCCAAGUCUUCUGCCAGAUCACACACUUCGGAAUGUUGGACAAAGAUGGCCGCUACGUGGAGAGCGAAGCAGUUAAGGCAAUGUCAAUCAUGGUCCAUGAAGGCAUACUUAAUCUAGAACAAGUUAACAAGAUCGCAAAAACGUGCAACUCCGGUAAUGAACGAGAAUAUAAAGACAGGAUGUGAGCGCGGUCCGCAGGUGUACCGGUGCAUUGAUGACGAAAGAUUCAAGAUCACCGGCAAACGUCAUUAAAUUC